AUGCAUCAAAUUUCACGGGGAAGAGGGUCGACCCGUUUGCGUUUUCGAGUUAUUCGUCACUUUGAAGUUUUAAGAGAACAUUCUUCAUUUGGCCGCUAGGAAGCGUAGACCUCUUGUAUUUAAUAACUGUCAUCAAAGCUGGGAGCUAAGAAUAUGACCGACCCAAGUCAAAUAAGUGUCCCUCGUCUUGCUCGACUCGUAAAGGGAAAUCAAGGCUAUGGCUUUAACUUGCACGGGGACAAGAACCAACCAGGACAAACUAUUAGUGCCGUUGAUAAAGACAGUCCUGCUGAACAAGGUGGUUUAAGGGAAGGAGAUAAGUUGAUAGAAGUUAAUGGCUGUAACGUAGAAGGUAUGUCACAUGGCGAGGUCGUCAAAAAGAUCAAGGAAAAUCAAAAUGAAACCUCUUUACUCGUAUGCGAUAAAGUAACACUGGCGUAUUUGGCGGAAAAUAAUCGACCCUGUACGGCUGAUAUGGUUAAUUUAUCAACGGUUUAUGUGAAACCAGAGGCAGAACCAGCACCUGUAUUAGCUAAUGGUGAUGCUACRCCCGAAGUUGUAUCAGAAAAAAUCGAAGAAAGUGCGCCAGUUGCUGUAGAAGAGAGUGCACCGCCCCCAGCUCCCGAGCCAGCACCUAGUGCUCCAGAAGAACACUCCGGUCCAACUCCCGAUGAAGCAGAAGCGGUUAAAGAACUCAAACGUGUGGUUGAUGAACAUGAAGACAAGCCAGCCGAAGUCCCAGUGGUUGAAUCAGAGCCUCCAAAACCUGAAGAGCCUCCAAAAGCCGAACCCCCUAGUGUUGCAGUUGCUCAACACGUUGAACCUGUGAAGGCUGAACCGGCUAAGUCGACUUCGGACAGUGAUUUUGUCCUUGAUAUGAAGUCAGCUAGACCAAGUGUGAAUAAGAGAAAAUCUGCCAAGCAAUCUGGACAAGACUGGAGUAACAAAGUCAGUGUUAUAAAUUCAUUGUAAAAUUAUUACUGCUCUUUGACGAUACAGCUAGAAUAGCUCAAUGUAUCGGUAGAACGCACCAUCGACUGAACCAUAUUUUGUAUACUCCGCCAUUCUUGAAAUACCUUGGAAACAAUUUGUACUAGUUUCGUUUUCACAAGUAUCUUCCUUACGGUGUGUAUAAAGCGAAACGCCUAGACAUAAAACUCGCAAAAGAAAUCACCUAAAAUAUAUUAUCACACUAUUUUUGGAAUAAAAAAUUAGUAGAAGAGUUUCAAAAUCUUUGAGAGAUGUUGUGAGAUGACAAAUAAUUUGUUGCUAAAGCGUAUUAAUGCGUGUUUUGGUCACCGCUUUAUUCAGCGCUCGUAAUUGUUAUUAUUGCUGUAUCUUCCAGCGUCAGUUAUUGCCUACAUAAAUUUGUACAUUAAAUACUGCUGUAAACUCGAACAAGGAGUUUAAUUUUGUACUUACUGUCGUAAAAUCACAUUAAGGAGUGUCUUUGCAAUGUAAAAAUGUGACCAAACCACCACAAACUUAAAAUUUCUUCUCGCUUCGUUUAUUGAAGUGAAGUCAUAAUUUAACUACAAUGAUCUAGCUUUUCUGCUGAACAUAACUUUUAUAUUCCGUUUGAAAUACUUAUUUAGGAAGCAUACUUGUAGAUGCAAAGAUUUAAGAAUAAAGACAAUUUCUACACUGAAUUUU